CCUUCUUUCCUUCCUGUCAGUGAGGGAAGCGACGGGAGCGUCUUUUCGCCGGCUUUUUCUCUCUCUCCCUCACGCGGCUCCGGCGCUGCUUUCCGGCCUCCUUUUUUUUUCUCCUCAUGGCUCAGCUGUGCUACAACCGGGGCUGCGGGCAGCGCUUCGACCCCGAGAACAACCGGGAAGACUCAUGCACAUAUCACCCAGGAGUACCCGUAUUUCAUGAUGCUCUUAAAGGGUGGUCAUGCUGUAAAAGAAGAACCACAGAUUUCUCUGACUUUCUAAGCAUUGUGGGUUGCACCAAGGGUUUCCAUAACAGUGAGAAGCCACCUGAACCUGUCAAACCUGAAGUUAAAACUACCUCUGAGCGGAAAGAGUUAGCUGACUUGAAACCGAAAUUUCAGGAGCACAUAAUUCAGGCACCAAAGCCAGUGGAAGCCAUUCAGAGGCCAAGCCCAGAUGAGCCAAUGAGUUAUUUGCAGCUGAAAGUAUCAGCAUCCUUGAAGCAAGCAUUAGAAAAGUUGAAAUUGUCAUCUAGUAAUGAAAUUAAAAAUGAUGAUACAGAUGAGAUAAAGAUUGGUACUCCAUGUAAAAAUGCGGGCUGUACUAAGACAUUUGAAGGACCACACAGCAUGGAAGAAAUGUGUACAUACCACGCUGGUGUGCCUAUAUUUCAUGAAGGGAUGAAGUACUGGAGCUGCUGCAAGAGGAAAACCUCAGACUUCAAUACUUUCUUGUCUCAAGAGGGUUGUACAACAGGAACCCAUGUAUGGAUUAAGAAGGAUGCUGGGAAAAAAGUGGUUCCAUGCAGGCACGAUUGGCAUCAAACUGGAGGGGAAGUGAUCAUUUCAAUCUAUGCUAAGAAUUCCAUUCCUGAGCUCAGCCAAGUAGAAGCAAAUAGCACCAGGAUAAAUAUCCAUAUUGUAUUUGAACAUGAUAAGGAGUUUAAUCAGCAUCUGAAUUUAUGGGGUGUAAUCGACGUGAAAAGGAGUUAUGUAAAUAUGACGGCUACGAAGAUUGAGCUCACUAUGAGGAAAGCGGAGCCCAUGCUGUGGGCAGGCUUGGAACUCCCCAAAUCCAAAGUACAACAGAAAGAGCAGGAAGACAUUGCUGAGCAAAACUGAAUGCAAGUAACAGUGGUUGCCUCUGAAGGGGUGACUUGUUGUUGUAAUAGGAAUUGAUUUUAUGUACAACCACUUUUAAAAAAAAAAAAUCCAUUCUAACUUGGGGAAAGUGCUAGGCUUUUCAGUAAUGUAACAGAUCAAUUUUUCUGUUACACAGACCCUUAUGUCCACACUUGAUGCUGGUGCUCAUGGGAUGAUUAGAAAUGUCAGUUUAUGCCCUGUCAUUUUUAAAAAAAUGAAUGUGAUGCAUAGUUUCCAGUAGGUCGUAUGAGACAGACUUCAGCCACAAUUCCAAGAUAUCCUACGAGGUGGCAUUAAAGAAGUUUGUUUUGUUGACCCUCUGCUUCAGGGACAGCUAUUAUUUUCUGCCCUAGGCUCCCCAAGUCUUCACCUUCUUCUCACUAAUACUGUAUAAUAAACCUGUGCCUGUCUGGUGCCACUUCAGACUGCAAAAGGGCAGUCAUAUGUAGUGACUUAAGCUUACUGAAGAUGGAGAUCAGUAGAGGCACUCGUAUCACUGAAGCAUGUGCUCCAAUUGCACAAAGAAACUGGUCUUCAGUCUUUGAAGGAAAAGACCAUCUAUGGCUUUUCUUAAUACUCCAGUUUUGUAAUAACGUGGAGAUUGUAAUCUGCUACAAUUUUAUCAGGGAGAAUGAUAACAUCAUCUGAAUACACGCAGUAAAUUCUUCUGAGGCAUUAAGCAGGGUUUAACAGUAUUCUUCUCUGCAAAUCAGAACUCCAGAUCUAGCCAGCCGUUGUUGGUCUU